AUGUCAUCUAGAAAGAAGAACAUUCUAAAAGUUAUCAUUUUGGGUGAUUCCGGGGUGGGCAAGACAUCCUUGAUGCACCGUUAUGUGAAUGAUAAGUACAGCCAGCAGUAUAAGGCAACAAUUGGCGCCGACUUCUUGACCAAGGAGGUGACGGUGGACGGCGACAAGGUGGCCACGAUGCAAGUUUGGGAUACUGCUGGUCAGGAGAGGUUCCAGUCUUUAGGCGUAGCCUUCUAUCGAGGGGCCGACUGCUGUGUGCUAGUUUAUGACGUAACCAAUGCGAAGUCUUUUGAAAACGUCAAAUCCUGGCGUGAUGAGUUCUUGGUGCACGCCAACGUGCCAUCGCCUGAGUCUUUCCCCUUCGUGAUCUUGGGCAACAAGAUCGACGUGGAGGAGUCCAAAAAGGUGGUCACCACUCGCACCUCCCAGGAGUUGGCGAAGUCUUUGGGCAACAUUCCAUUCUUCCUUACCAGCGCGAAGAACGCCAUCAACGUCGACGACGCUUUCGAGGAGAUCGCCCGCAGUGCUCUACAGCAAAGCCAGGCGGACGCAGGCGCGUACGAAGAUGAUUUCAACGACGCCAUCAAUAUCCAGUUGGACGGGGAGCCCAGCUCAUGUAAUUGUUGA